AUGAAUGAAGAGCAGGCACCUACAACGUCUAAUCAGCUCUUGAAACAGGGAGCUGAAGGUAAGCUAUAUGUUGGUACUUACAAAGGAAAAUCAUGUUUGGUGAAGGAACGCUUUGAAAAGAAGUACAGACAUCCAGCUCUCGAUCGACAAAUCACACGACAACGAAUUAAGGCGGAGCAGAAAGCCUUCCAGCGAUGCGCUACAGCCGGGGUGCUUACUCCGGAGCUCUAUGGCAUAGACUUAGAAGGACGUAAAAUUUUCAUUGAAUAUCUGGAAAGGAGUAGAACAGCGAAAGAUUUUAUAGAUGAAUUAACCGCAUCCAAGGGCGCUACGGAAUCACUCGCACUAAAAGUAUUCGCUCAAAAACUAGGCCAAAUGAUAGGUGUGCUGCAUCAGAAUAAUCUAGUACACGGUGAUUUAACUACAUCAAAUUUUUUGUUGGAUCCGAUAGAAAGUAAUGAUGUUUUACCAUAUAAAUUGGUGAUAAUCGAUUUCGGACUGUCCCAUUUUAGUGAUAACACCGAAAAUAAGGGAGUAGAUUUGUACGUCCUGGAGAGAGCUAUACUAAGUGCUCACAGUCAAUUGCCAGAUCUUUUUGACUUAAUUUUACAGUCAUACUGUGAACAUAAUACGAAUCGCUGUAAAGAAACUAUUGCAAAAUACGAAGAAGUGCGAGCUCGCGGUCGGAAACGAACAAUGGUGGGAUAA